CGGAUCCCGAAGAGGCCCCGGGGCCGCCGCUGGAUGGAGUCGGGCUGCAUUCAGACAGCAAUGGCUAUGGGUCUGGCUUCGAAGAAGGCGUCUGCUCGGAGCGUCGGCGUGGAGCGAAAAAACCUCAUCACGGUUUGCAGAUUCUCUGUAAAGACUCUCCUAGAAAAGUACACAGCAGAGCCCAUAGAUGACUCAUCCGAGGAGUUUAUUAACUUUGCUGCCAUUUUAGAGCACAUCCUCAGCCACCGCUUCAAAGGUAACACUGCAGGCUCAGGAAGCUGGUUCAGCUCAGAUGGACAGCGCAGUUUCUGGGAAUAUAUCCGGCUGGCCUGCAGCAAGGUGCAGAACAACUGCAUCGCCAGCAUCGAAAACAUUGAGAACAUCAGCACAUCGCGAGCCAAGGGUCGGGCGUGGAUUCGAGUGGCGCUGAUGGAGAAACGUCUGUCUGAAUAUGUCUCCACUGCUCUGAGGGACACUAGAACAACCAGGAGGUUUUAUGAUGACGGAGCCAUCAUGCUGAGAGAAGAGGCCACAGUGCUGACCGGCAUGCUGAUUGGAUUGAGCGCCAUUGACUUCAGUUUUUGCUUGAAGGGCGAGACUCUGGAUGGGAAAUCCCCAGCUGUGAUCGACUACACACCCUACCUAAAGUUUACUCAGAGCUACGACUACCUGAGUGAUGAGGAGGACCGCCACAGCGUGGACAGCAGCAACAGCGAGGAGAGCGUCCCAGAGCAUCCCUACAUCCCCCUGGUGACCGACGAGGAGAGCUGGAGCAACAAGUGUCGCAAGAUGGAGCAAAGGUUUAAGAUCGUCUACGCCCAGAAGGGUUACCUAGAGGAGCUGGUUCGCCUGAGAGAGUCACAACUGAAGAACGUGGAGACGGAGAACAAGAGACUGAGAGCCAAGGUGGAGGAGCUGACGGUGCAGAGUCAGCAGGAGAAGAAGGAGCUGGAGGCCAUCGUGCUAGAGCUGCAAGCGCAACUCUCUGCCCUCAUGCCCUGUGAUUCCUCCCAUCUGGCUAAAGACCUCUCCAUCCCGCUGGUCAACCAGUGGUCCACCAUCACAAACAACCAAGGCGAUGUCAAACUCUUCCGCAGGAGGAGUUUCCACAGUUUGGAGCAGCUUUCUGCUGAAGUCAGUCUGCACUCAGACUCCCAGAAGACUGACGGGAGGCAGAACGGAGACGCUGCCUGGACCUCAGCUGGGAAAGACAACACUCCCUCCAUGCUGGGUCUGUGCGGCUCUCUGGCCUCGUUGCCGAGCUCCAAGUCGCUGGCGAGCCUCAAGUCCAGCGAGUGUUUGGUGAACAUCAGCACCGAGCCCAGCCCUGCGCUCUCUCCCAGCUAGGAGCUCCAGACCAACAACAGCCACGAUUUAACCCCCAGCCUGUCUGCCUGGUGAUGCUGCGUUGUCCAAAACCACCCCCCGUCCUGCUCCCAACCAACUCUGAGAGAAAACAACAGGAAAGUCAUGACAGCACAUCUGGAUUUUUGUACGUGAACGUGAAGUCGUCAUGAAGCUGAAAGGAUCCAUCUCUUUUGGUUCUUUCCUUUCUCCUCGCCUUAUCCACUUUCCAGCCUCCACUUUGUACUUUCUGCAAAUCCCCUUCAUCCAGAAUCAUGCAAAGCCUCCGGGAAACACCCGCCAGACCUUUUCCAAAGCAUCCCAUCUCGCUCCUUAUUUGAUCAUCUCCCCAUGACGUCGUCUGUGUGUUGUUGCACCUUUGGCCUGUUUUAUUCUGUUGUAACCAAGACAGCACUCGCAGCUCUUUGGAUGCAGCCAAAGUCAAAUGAGAUGAUCUUUUUAAGAGCUGCAGAUAUAAAGUCAGAAGGCGGUUUCCACAAGCUGCUCCUUACAGAGUCUUAGAAGUGUGUUUUCUGAGUGUGACUGAAUGGUAUGAGAGUGCAUAUCAUUCCUGCUCGAUGAAUCAAAGGCCACAAACUCUUGCAGUAUUUGUGCAGCUAUUUAUUGAUUCUGUUAAAUAUUUAGCUACCACAUCUGUUCAUUUAUCUCAUUUCGAUCUGGUACAGCAGUAUGUUCUUUUUACAUUGGGUUGUUUUGUUUGUUUUGAGUUGCAAUAAACUGCCUUUUUCCAUUA